CCAUACCUGCUGUUCUCCGAGGCCCAGUUGGUGAACUACCUCGAGAGUGCUGUGAUGGGGCCGCUGUUUCUCCUAGGCUACACCAUCUGCACGUCUGACAACAUCGCCAACGACAAUGUGGAGGAUUUCGUUCAGCUGAAGGACACCCCCGCCAAGAAGUGGUUGGACUUCUUGAUAAAGAGAGUUGGCCUUCCCCGCAACGUGGUGUUGAGGACCGUGAAAGACUUUGCUUCCUUCAGGACACUGGGGUGGAAAUGGGAUGUUUUUGACUUCUUGAAGUCCCAAGCACUGGAAGCAAGGCAAAGACAACAUCCGCUAAGUGACAUCGAAGGCGAUGCUGCGAUGGAAGGGCAAGAUGAUCCAAUGGAGUUGGGUAGCGAAGAAGAGGAAUCUGCCCAAUUGACUGACAAAGUGGCGGAGCUGCGCGUUUCGGGCGAAGGACAGGACAAGGGUCACGACGGGAACCAGAACAAACGGGAGGCCUCUACUGUAGUUGAGCCGCCACAGGAGGGAGGUUUCGAAAACUGGAAAGCCUUCAAGGACCGUGGCGACCGGUGGACCAAGUGCCGCAGUGACACAGAGCUUCAGGAUUUGGUGGAGUGGGUGGAGGACUGCAGCCCAAAAGACUGCGGGCACGCUCGCUCUGCUUUCGUCCCCUGGGGGCCAAUGGAGUUGGCAAGGUUCGUGACGCCAAGGCUGGGCGUUGAUUUUGGAGACGAUUCAGGACCAACAAUAUCCCAGAAAGCCAAGGAAGUGUCUACACUCAUUCUUCAUGGAAAUGCCACGAGGGCGGAAACAUAUGCUCCGAUCAGGGAGAGAUUGACGCGCUGGCGCCUAGAGUGUGUUGUCGUGGACCCCCCGUUUGGUCUUGGGAAACACUCACAAGCUGAUGAUCCUUGGGACGACCGUGCCUGGACCUCCUCCGAGAUGCGUGGGGUGUUGAACGCUCUGAAGGACGCCGGCCUGCUGCCAGAAGAGACUCAAGCGUGGUCCGUGGCCAUCUACUUGAAGAUGGAGGACAUCGGGAGGAUGGUGGAAGAAUUACAGAG